UGUUUUUUGGUGCUGCACCAUUACCUAGCAACCCCAGCUGAGCUUGGCCUGGUUACCUAGCAACCCCAGCUCAGCCUGGUCCCGUUACCUAGUGACCCAAGUGGAGCUCCAGCAUGUUUGGUCAACUAAUUUUUCCGCUGUAUGGGAAAGUCAGCUGUUCUGUUGCUGACUUAGCAAUUCAGAAAAGAUGCUUGUAUCAGUAGCGCCUGCAGCUGCACCUUGAAAUAUUACUUUAAGUAAAUAAAGAAAAGAAUAGGUUUGGGAUUUUUUAUUAUCUAACCCUCUUUACUAUUAGCUAAAUUGUGGAGAAAAAAAGAUCUUAUGUGUCAACACAUCUUGCAGCAUCAGAGCAGUCAUUUGGAUCCUGCCUGAGAUUUCUAACGUGCUUGGUUCUGGCAAGGUCGCCCUUUAUGACCUUUUUUUGUGGUUUCACGAACUGAAGAGGUAAUGGGUCACCCGGUUGGCCGACAAUGACAUCUGCUGCCCCCUACUGCCCCCUACUGCAUCUUACUGCCUAAACUAAACAGUUAAAUCUAGUCAAAACGUUUGCAAAAAUAGUUGAAAUUAAGCAAACAUCAUUAGUUCACCUUCUCCUCCUCUGGACGUCGCAGACACACCACAUGGGUAGGCUUUGCUUUCAUGUCUUUGUGUUGGAGAUGUGGUUGUGCUCUUGUGGGUCAGGUGCAGUGAUAGUAUUGUGACUACCCUCCAUAAUAUCCUGCAGGCGCCUCUGGUUUGUAUAAUGUUCAAAGACGGUUAUAAUUCUUCUAUUUGCAGCCACUGAGUUGGGGCUGUGGCCAGCAGCAUUUUAUACGGAUUUAAAGUGACAGACGCCCUAAAAAAGCUCAUUCUGAACUGAGCAGACCAAGAAUGAUUUUUGCAACAAAAAAAUGUAAUGAACAUGUUUUGUAUAGACCAUAGACCUAUUCUAAUCUGUGCAAGGAAGAAUAAAGGUCACCUCAAGUUCUUCAAAGGUGGUACAACUGUCACUGUGUGUGGUUUAUAUUCUACUGGUGCUUUUCUGUUUUGUGUAUCUCUUUUUCCUUUCAGCUGAUUUAAUAGGGCCUAACUUUUUCUCCAACAGUCUGACUUAGUUUUUCUCCUCUUCUCAUAAAAUAUGACUACAUCCAUCCACUAUUUCAGGGAAAUGACAUAUUUUUUGGUCUCUGGUUUCUCUCUGACUGAUAAACUGGCCUGAGUUUCCUCUCGUACGUUAUACAUAUGAGUUUACAUCGACCACUUGCUGCUCUGAGGAAAAGCAUACGAAACCUUUCAACCACACUUUUUUUAUGUUCUUCCUGCACUCGUUUAAGACCACUGUCACCUCAACCCCCUCACCACCUCCUGCCCCAUUUCUCUGAACGUUAAACGCUUUAUAUCGACAUAUGUUCACUCAGUUUCACUCCUGCACAAAGAACAGGCAACAGAUCGUUUACUUCCAAGGACAGCAGCAUGUUCCUGUUGAGUUUUUCCAUCUUUGCCGGCUUCCUGCUCUGCCUCCCUCAGUAUUCGACCGCAGCCUGCACUGAAGGAAAGCCCAGAGAGUGUCAGGAGGCCGAAUUCGCUCCUGGAUCCAACUUAGCUGGGGAAGGCUUCGACAUCACCAAGAUGGAGCGAAAAUCUGCGUUUGUGCUCGACAUGAAUCAGUGGAAACGCAAAGACAAGACUUGCACCCUGUGCACUAACCCGUUUCUGGAGGGCAAAAAGAUGAAGCUGCCCCUGUCCGUGCUGGACUGGAGGGCCAAGCAGACCUGCAGUGCUAAAGUUUCCUCCAAGCUCCACAAAUCCAGCGAGUCUCUGGUCAGCUCCAGCACCUCCUCUGUUGAGAACAACUGGAAGACCGAAUUAGAAGUCGAAAUGAAAGGUAAAUCUGGCAGCCUGAUGCUGGCUGGGACCACAUCGAAGGUGGCUGAAUAUUCCAUGGAGAAAACAAAGAAUGACAAGUUCAGCUUUGCGAGUACCAGCAUGUACUGUGAGUACUACAGCUACAGAGUGUCCAGCACUCCCAAGUUGAACAGAGAUUUCAACAAAGCAGUGAAAAAGCUUCCUAAAGUCUACAGCCCAGAAUACAAGUCCAGAUUUUACACGCUGAUUGAUGUUUUUGGCACCCAUUACAUCACCAAGGUGAAGCUGGGAGGACAGAUCAAGUCUGUGACCAGCAUCGCGAAUUGCGAAGCGAGUCUGCAGGGUCUGAGAACAGAGGAAAUCCAAAUGUGUCUGGAGGCCGAAGCGUCUGCAAGCAUCAAAGUUAAUAUAAAAGCAGAGACAAAGCACUGCCAGACGUCUGCAGAUAAACUGGACAGCAAGAAAUCCUUCUCCGACACCUUCAGCGACAGGUUCACAGAAAUAAAAGGUGGGCUCACCACAGACUCGGACCUUCUUUUUUCCGCCAACAAAAACCCAGACGCCUACAAGGAAUGGCUCACUUCGGUCCCACAGUAUCCAGACCUCGUUUCGUAUUCCCUCUCCUCGCUCCACGAGUUGCUCCCUGAAAACACUCCGGUCAGGAAAAACCUGCGCAAAGCCAUCAGCCAUUACAUUUUGGAGAAAGGCCUGUGGAGGAACUGCAGCGAGCGCUGUCAGGCCGGAAUACGGACCGACUCCAAGGACUCCUGCGUCUGCCAGUGCCACAACGAACCAGCGGUGAACACUGACUGCUGCCCGACCCGGAAGGGAAUGGCCCGCAUCUUUAUAACGGUGGUAAAGGCUGAGAGUCUGUGGGGGGACCACAGCAGCGGCACGGACGGCUACGUCAAGGUCUUCCUCAACAAAGAGGAGGUUUACCGUUCUUCCGUCAUUGUAAACAACAACAGCCCGAAGUGGGGCGCCAUCGUUGACCUAGAAACCAGGGACAUCUCUUCUGGAAGCGUCGUGCGGUUUGAAAUUUGGGAUGAAGACAACAAAUGGGACGACGACCUGCUGGGAGAAUGUGAGCGACGCCUGUCUGCCGGAGUCUUAGAAGACGUGUGCCCUCUCCAACAUGGCCGAUUCUACUUCAAAUGGGAAGUGAAGUGUAUUCCGAGUCUGACCGGAAGUUUGUGCACCGAGUAUAACAAGUCGCGCAUGAGGGAAAGCCUGAGGAGCCUGUACGUGUCCCGUCACGCCCACCCGAUCCCGAAAUCCGUGCUGGUGGAGAUGGGAGUGUUUGUGGAUGAAGGGAGCUCCCACUGGAACCAGAGCCUGGCUGGCAAAACCUCGGUGUGAGCGGCUUUUAUCCACAUUUAGCCCAGCAAGUUGGCAUUAUUUCCAAUAUAGCGGCCUGUUGGCAUGUUAAUGAUUAAACUGCACAGCAAUAAUGUCGGGCUGGGCGAUAAAUUGACUUGAUCGAUUAAUCGAAUCUUUGGUUUUUGAAGAUUUAAUUAUUGGAAAAUUUGGGGGGGGGGGGGUUCUUCUUUUCUUUUUUG